AUGGACCACCCCCGCCUCGGCCGCCGCGGCGCCUGCACGCUAUUCUACGCCAGCAUCGCCCUCGUCAUCGGCGCGGGCGCGCUCUGGCCGUCGGUCGCCACGGCAGCCUCGCUCUAUGGAAACCUCUGCGCGAUGGCGGCCUUCAACGUCAUCUACGUGCACACGGCCGAGCUCUGGCCCACGAAGCUGCGCGCGAGCGCCCUAGGCCUCUGCUCGGCGGCGGGCAAGCUCGGCUCCUUCUUCUCGUCGCCGCUGCCCGGCAUUCUCGGCUCCACCGCGACGCUCGCCGUCAUCUCGGCCAUGUAUCUCUGCUUCCUGCUCGCCGCCGCCUCGCCGCUGGCGUCCGCGCUCCGCGUGGCUCCCGUCGUCGCUGCGCCGGCGGCGCGCGCGAGCCGCAGCUCCCCAGUCAGCAUGGGCUGGGAGUGGAUCACCGAGGCGGGCGGUCCGCAGGGCGACAAGUUCAAGAAGGCGCGUUGCGCCUUGGCUGCAUCCGCUCGCGGGCCGACCCCCAAGACGGGCGUGCAAGAUGACCUGCCAAACCUCUUCUCCAAGGAGAACUUUGAGGAGUUUGAGAUCACGCCACUGAUGAUUGCCGCCGCCGUGACGGGCGGCGGCUCGCUCGCCGUCGUUGCCAGCGUCGUGCUGGCCUAG